AUGUUCCGUCGUGUAAUUUCUUCUUCUGCAGAAAAUGACGACAUGCACCGUCGUGUAAUAUCUUCUUCACAAGCAAUGAGCGAUGACUACAUCCCAAGAACCGUUGAAGAUAUCUUCAUAUAUUAUAGACUACGUCGCGUCGCCUUGCUUCGAGCUUUUGGUACAGAUGUUGGAACUUUAUACCUCUUAUGCGAUCCGGGUUAUAAGGAGAAUCUGUGUUUAUACGGAUACCCGGAUGGGACAUGGGACGUGAAAGAAGAAUGCAUGGUGCUCCCUCCUAAUCUUCCCGAGCCAGCGGUUGGAAUCAACCACGCAAGAGAUAGUAAGAGUACUAUUGAUUGGGUGACGUUUGUAGCUGAACACUCUGAUUCUUGGUUGCUCUCUCUUGCUUUCUUCUUCAGUGUUGACCUUAGUCAUCAUGACAGGGAAAGUCUAUUCGAGAAGAUCAAUGAUAUCCCAACUCUUGAUGAAAAAGUGAAGGAAUACUAUCCAGGACAGUUACUCCAAUCAAGGAUUCAGAAAACAAAUCCAAACACGGUUUAA